AUGGCUGAAUCCUAUCUCUAUCUAAUGCUAACGGUUAAUCUUCUCGUGCUCCUAUCCUUGUCCAGCAGCUGUUUUGGCUCCAAUAAGCCCGAUGUUGAAGGUGAAGCUUUAGUUGAAUUUCGAACAGCUCUGAAAGACUCAAAUAGUAAAAUUGCAGAUUGGAACUAUAAUUUUGUCAGCCCCUGUUUCAGUUGGUCUCAUGUUACAUGUAGAAAUGGAAACGUGAUAUCCUUGAGCCUGGCUUCAAGUGGAUUUUCUGGAACUCUUUCACCAGCAAUAACAAAAUUAAAAUAUCUGGUUAGCUUGGAUCUACAUGAUAAUAAUCUUUCAGGUCCAUUGCCUGAUUUUCUUCGAAGCAUGUUGAAUCUGCAGAAUUUAAAUCUGGCAUACAAUAACUUCAAUGGCUCCAUUCCAGCAGCUUGGGGUCAACUUUACAACCUGAAACAUUUGGUGAUGAAUGCUAAUCACUUGAGUGGACCUAUCCCAGAAUCGCUUCUAAAUAUCUCGGGCUUAUUGGAACUGAAUCUUUCAUCCAACAAUUUGUCAGGAAGAAUUCCUACAGAAUUGUUUUCAAUGCCCAGCUUUGACUUCACAGGGACGCAUCUCACAUGUGGAAACAAUUUCCAGCACCCAUGUGUUCCAAAUCCCUCCACCCGAGUUUCUGCUAAAAAAUCAAAAUUUGAAGUUGCUAUUAGCGUAGCAAGCAUAUGUGCAUUUGCUCUCCUGUUAAUUGGGGCUGUCUUUGCCUACCGAUUCCAUCUGGUGCAUAAACUGAAACCUGAUGUAUUUGUUGAUGUGGCAGGUGAAGAUGAGUGCAAAAUUUCAUUUGGACAACUCAGAAGGUUUUCCUUGCGGGAAAUACAGCUAGCGACAGAGAAUUUCAGUGAAAGAAACAUUAUUGGACAAGGGGGCUUUGGAAAAGUAUACAAGGGUAUCCUUUCAGACAACACAAGAGUUGCUGUGAAACGCCUUAUGGAUUAUCGUAGUCCUGGUGGAGAGGCUGCAUUUUUACGGGAGGUUCACUUGAUAAGUGUUGCAGUUCACAAAAACUUGCUUCGGUUAAUUGGGUUUUGUACAACCCCUACGGAGAGAAUUCUUGUUUACCCAUUUAUGCAGAACCUCAGCGUUGCAUAUCGCUUAAGAGAUUUAAAACCCGGAGAGAAAGGCCUGGACUGGCCAACAAGAAAACGGAUAGCUUUCGGUGCAGCCCGUGGCCUGGAGUACCUUCACGAGAAUUGCAACCCUAAGAUUAUUCACCGUGAUUUGAAGGCCGCAAACAUCCUUCUAGAUGAUGAUUUUGAAGCUGUCCUGGGAGAUUUUGGAUUAGCAAAACUAGUGGACGCAAACCUCACACACAUUACCACUCAAGUACGUGGAACAAUGGGACACAUUGCCCCUGAGUAUUUGUCUACGGGAAAAUCUUCUGAAAAGACGGACGUGUUUGGAUAUGGUAUUACUCUGCUGGAACUAGUAACUGGUCAGCGUGCAAUAGAUUUCUCCCGGCUUGAUGAGGAUGAGGAGGUUUUGCUGCUGGAUCACAUCAAAACAUUACUAAGAGAGGAAAAGCACAAGGACAUUAUUGAUGAGAACUUGAACAGUUAUGAUCUCGAAGAAGUCAAGACAAUUCUCCAAGUUGCUAUGCUUUGCACCCAGAGUUUACCAGAAGAUCGUCCGAGAAUAGCAGAUGUUUUGAGCAUGAUGCAGGGAGUGGGUUUGGCCGAGAGAUGGGCUGAGUGGGAACAACUUGAAAAAGUAAGAUAUCAAGAAUUUUCCAUAUCGUCCCACCAGUUUAUUUGGGCUGAAGAUUCUACUUAUGGCCAAGAAGCUAUACAGUUGUCACAAGCAAGAUAG